AAGCCAUUAUGACUGUCACAAGUGCUUCUUUUUCUGACCACAAAACCUCAAACACAUGAAAACCCACGCACACACCCCAAAUCUCACCCUGACACCAGGCUACUCAGGAGAGAGAGAGAGCGCGUGAGGGAGGGAAAGAAGGAGAGAAAGAAGCAAGGGAGGGAGAGGAGUAGCUUAAGCGAUGCGUUUUUUCUUCCUUGAGGUGGACAGUGGAGUGUAUCUGACGAAAGAAAGAGAAAUUACCUCCCUCAAUUUAGACAUCACAGCAACAGAGGACAGAAAUCUCCCUGGAGUGAGUGGACAAGCAUCUGCACGGUUCUCUCCUGGUGUGGGUUCGACUCAGCAGUGUUGAUGUUUCCAGUGAAACAGCCGUGGUUGUGUAAAGCGCUAGGUUGCUAUGACUGCUGCAUCCGCUGCCUGGGCGCCGUGCCCUACACCAGCCUGCUGGCCACCCUGCUCUGCUACACCGGUGUGGCACUCUUCUGCGGGGGAGGGCAUGAGGCGCUCACUCACACACGCACAUUCGUAGAGCUCUACUUCGCAAGGGACGUCCAGGAUUUCAUUGUGCUGGCAGACUUUAUAAAAUAUUUCCAGUAUGUGAUCUACGGUCUGGCCUCCUUCUUUUUCCUCUAUGGAUUGUUGCUCUUGGCUGAAGGUUUUUACACCACCAGUGCAGUAAAGCAGACUUUUGGAGAGUUCAGGAGCACCAAGUUUGGGCGCUGCCUCAGCCUGACUUUUAUAAUCCUGACGUAUGUGCUCGCUGUGAUCUGGCUAGUUGUCUUUGGCUUCACGGCCAUUCCUGUGCUCUUCUUCAUUAAUAUGGAAAGCUCCUGUCACAAAGUCAACAUUCUGUCAGAAACCACCUUGUUCAACCAGCAAGCAAGAGUCUGUAUGGAUGCACGGAUGUAUGGGUUUCUUCCCUGGAAUGCUGUGCCAGGGAUUGUUUGUGGAAACACACUGGCAAACAUCUGCAAAACACCAGAGUUCUACGUGACCUAUGACCUUUAUAUCUGUGCAUUUGCUGGAGCAGGAAUCACCCUUCUUGCCCUGUUCAUUUAUGUGGUUGCCACCACCUACAACUACGCUGUUCUAAGGUUUCUCGGAAGAAAGGGAAUCCGUUGCUAGGUUUGGUGUUGCUAGGCCCACUUUCCUGUUGCCUGUGGCAGCAGUUUCAGUGGUCAUCACUGUGACCGGAGAGGAAACGCAAAAGAGCUCCAUGAAGCCUCUGCAGAGUUCUGUCAUACAGAGCACAAACACACAUGAGCUACUGGUUUCAUGAGACAGAUUAGUACAAACUACACUAAGGAAGACUGACCAAAAAAAAAAUAAAAAAAAUCUUUGAUUAAAGCACUACAUGUAAAACCACAAACUGCUGUACUGUAGAUCUCUGGAGGAGUGGAAUUUAGCUUCUAUAUUUCUUAAUUUGUCUCCUCUCUCUGUGUCUUCGCCACACACACAUUAUUAUAUUGCUCUCUCCUUUCUCUCAUGGCCAUUUAUUCAUUUUAUUGAUUGUAUUCAUUGUGCUUCAUGGUCUUAUUAAUGCCUUGCAGUUUGCCAGGAUUUUAGCCUCUCUCACACACACUUUCCAUCUUUUUGAGAGAGUUUGUGUGUUGUUUCCUCAGUCAGAUGUGGGUUGUUAUUCUGCGUGACACACAUAAUGAAACAGCGCUGUAGUGAGCAGCUUUCUUCGGGUCAAUUUGAAUUCAGUAUUUACAGACACUCUUACUGUCAGUGUCACCUCCUGUGUCUGAUUUUAUGUUUGUGGGUGUAUUUGUUGUAUAUUUUGACUAACUGUGGCAAUAAGCUGAACCUGAUCAAUGAUGGUGCUCGAUCAAAGGAACUGUUUGUUUGUUUUUUAUUGUUAACUUACUGGCUCACUUCAGAAAACUAAAUAUUAUUUCUACAGUAAGAUGGAUAACUGUAAAUGAUGAAUAAAACUUGUGCAGAAUUCAGACUAAAGUGAGUUUACAAAUAAUUGUGUUAACUUUAUUGAAACUCAUGCAAUAAACUUUAAUUUCCAUUAAUGAAA